GCCACCCCCUGCUUUUCCCACUCCCCCCCUCCCCCGCCCCCUCAGGAUCCACCACACGGCCACCGGAAUGGAUCGCUCGCCGCCGCCGGACCAGAACCCGCGCCCGUCUCUCUUGUCGCCAUACCAGACGCCCCGCUUCCGCCUUGCCCACCGGGUGGUGCUGGCGCCGAUGACCAGAUGCAGGGCGCCCGGCGCGGUCCCGGGACCCGCGCUGGCGGAGUACUACGCGCAACGGUCCACGGAGGGCGGCCUGCUCAUCUCCGAGGGCACCGUCGUCUCGCCCGCCGGCCCGGGGUUUCCUCGUGUCCCUGGGAUAUACAAUCAAGAGCAGAUUGAUGCAUGGAAAAAGGUGGUUGAUGCUGUUCACGCCAAGGGAGGCAUCUUUUUCUGCCAACUGUGGCAUGUAGGCCGAGCUUCUCACCAAGUAUACCAGCCAGGUGGUGCAGAUCCAAUAUCCUCGACUGAUAAGCCGAUCUCAUCGAGGUGGAGGAUACUGAUGCCUGAUGGCUCCUAUGGCAAGUAUCCAACACCGAGGCGCCUAGCCACAUUGGAGAUACCUGAAAUAGUUGAACAAUACCGUCAAGCCGCCAUAAACGCCAUCGAAGCAGGUUUUGAUGGCAUUGAGAUCCACGGUGCCCAUGGCUACCUCAUCGAUCAGUUCCUCAAGGACGGCAUCAAUGACCGGACUGACGAAUACGGUGGCUCACUCUCCAACCGUUGCCGGUUCCUACUGGAGGUUACCCGCGCCGUGGUCUCGGCGAUCGGGGCAGACCGUGUCGCGGUCCGGGUGUCACCGGCCAUCGACCACCUCGACGCCUACGACUCAGACCCCCUGCGACUGGGCCUGGCCGUGGUGGACCGUCUCAACGCCCUCCAGCAGGAGGCCGGGCGGCGGCUCGCCUACCUCCACGUCACGCAGCCGCGUUACACGGCGUACGGGCAGACGGAGUCGGGCCAGCACGGCAGCGCCGAGGAGGAGAGCCGCCUGAUGCGCGCCCUGCGCGACGCGUACCGCGGCGUGUUCAUGUGCAGCGGCGGGUACACGCGGGAGCUCGGGCAGGAGGCCGUGGAGAGCGGCAACGCCGACCUGGUGUCGUACGGGCGGCAGUUCAUCGCGAACCCGGACCUGGUGGAGCGGUUCCGGCGCGGCGCGGCGCUGAACAGGUACGUGCGGAAGACCUUCUACACGCCGGACCCCGUCGUGGGGUACACGGACUACCCGUUCCUCGGUCAGCCAAAAGCGCGCAUCUGAUUGGUAAAUACAAGAGACGCAUGAUCGGUUGUGUAAUGUGACUGGAGAAAAUAAGAAAACAUGUCGUGGUAUCGUGAUUGUGACGUUGGUGUGUUGCCGAUAGCCACUGAACAGAUUGUCUCUUGAUAUCGAAAAUAAGGGAAGCCGGAGCCGGUAAGCAAUGGCGAAUGCAGAGGAACUAGGAGAGCUCUUUCGUCUUUUUUUUUUCCUUUCUCU